CUUAAACAUUUAUUUAUUUUAAAGGUACAAAUAUUAACUAACUAUGUUCAUUGUUAUCAUGAGAUAAAAAUAUGGUAACUCGUGUGAUAUUAACAUAAUCUCUCUAGCUGCUAUUAAAAUUUUUUUUUAAAAAUACAGAAGUAAAAUUUAUUUGAAUUUCAAUACUCGAUUAUAUAUAUAUAAACAUUGAAUUAAAAUAAAACAACUAAAAGUUCUGUAAUCAUUGAGAAAGAAUAAAUUGUGAAGUUUGAUCUACAUGUGAAUUUGUUCGAAUUUAUUGGAAUGAACUACAAAUGUACAAAAAUUGAAAAUGUUUGUUUUCAAAUGAAUUUUUUUACAUAUAUUCAUUCGUUUCGUUUUUAAAAUUAUCUAAAUAAUAGAUAAAUGUUUGAGUUUUGAAUUAGUCAGCUUUUGAUUUAUAAUAAACACAGAAGAAUAUCUCACUGAUGAAAUGAUUAUUCUUUAACAUAUUUCAGUGAAAAGAACAAGAAACAUAAAUAAGCAUUAAUUAAUUCACGGAACUAUUUCAAUAAAUAAACAUUUUCUUCAAACUAAGCAAGAACUUACAUACAUUUUGAGCACAGGUUUCGAGUUGAAAUUCUAAGAAAUAUCUGUUUGUUGAACAAACAAGUUUACAAAUAUUGGCAAAACAGAUAGAAUUCAAUUCCGCUUAUUCAUAAUCCUUGCAAAUAAUGUAUUUUCAAUUAAACAUGGAAUCAAUUUUAUAUUCAACUGUAGAAAAAUUUAAAAACAUAACCAAUACAUUGAUGAUGUUACAAUUGAAAUAUCCUUUUAAAACAUCGUUAUAUUUAUAUCAGAACAUUAAUAAACAAAUAAAUAAUACUUUAAUUAAUAAAUCAUUUAUAUUAUCAAUGUUGGUGAGUUUAUUUCUAGUAGAAAUUUCAGCCAUUGUCACUCCACCUUUCUGGAUGCCUUCAGAAAGUUGGUCCAGUUGUUCUAAAGAAUGUGGUGAUGGCGUUGAAGUGCGUAGAUUUUUAUGUGUUCAAAAUGAUCAUUACAAUGCUACUACAGUGUUGGAUGAAUCACAAUGUCAACAUCUACCUAAUCCCACUACACAGAACGCAGAAAACAAUCAAAGAGCAUGUAAACUUGGACCGUGUGGUAAAGGAUAUCGAUGGAGAGUAUCUAACUGGGGACAUUGUUCACAAACAUGCGGUGGACUUGGUAUAAUGUCUCGUGAUGUACAAUGUAUUUAUUCAGGCAAAGAUGACGAUCUUGUGAUAUCAGAUUUUGAUGCAUCUUACUAUUGUGGCAAUUAUCGUCAACCUGAGCGACAUGCAUCAUGCAAUCGAUUUGCAUGUAAGCCUGAAUUUGUCCCGGAAAAAUGGGGUAAGUGUAUCCAAAGUGAUCCAUGUCGUCCAGGCAGACAAGUACGUCAAUUAUCGUGUAUUUCUGUACAAGUCAAUGGAUCACUUCGUGAAUUACCAAUGGCAGCUUGUUACAUGACUGGCAAAGCUAUUCAACCAACAUGGCGACGAUGCUUUGAAGAAAGUUCAAGAAAGUGUGACAGCAAGCCACCAAUGAUCAAUACUGACACUUUAACUAUUGUUCAAAUGCGAAAAGUAAAAGUGAUCGAUUUAAAAGUUGGUCAGCAAGCAUUCGUAAUACCGUUUACCCGUGUAACCGUACGAUGUCCUGUACAGUAUUUCACAGCACAAGAAUUACAAUGGGCUAACCAGAACCACGGGAUAUUAGCCUAUACCGGAGCAAUAUCUGAUAGAAUAAGAGUAGAUAAACGAGGAAGGUUACACAUAAGAAGCUUUCGUUUAAUUGAUGAAGGUGAUUGGACGUGCAUAGCUGGUUCAAUGAAUGCCACAGUGACGUUAACAGCUAGAACUCCUGCAGCAGGAUUCCAUGAUUGGGUGCAAAGAAAUAGAUUAUGGACAAAGGGUAUGCUUAGUGAUGAUCCUAAAGCAAUAGCUAUAAACCACGAAAUUAUUCAAUGGGUUGUUGGACCAUGGAGUACCUGUUCUACAAGCUGUGGUCAAGCUGGACAACAGUUUCGUGUAGUCAGAUGUGAAAAAGUUGACAGUCGAUUCUAUCAAAUUCUGAAUGAUCAAGUGUGUAUUGAUAAACUUCUACCGAAACCACCAAGUACACGAAAAUGUUUAGAAAGUAACAAAUGUCCAGCAUGGUUUAUUGAAAACCGUGACACAACUAUUUGUACAAAUCAGUGUUUAGAUGUUGGUAAAGGUUCAAUCGGUGGAAAUCUAGUCUGCAUGAUUGGUGAGAGAACCGUCGCCACAAAAUAUUGUGACAAAUUAGAUAAACCAAAUAUGGAAUGUGAAAAUCCCAUAUGCCAAGUACGAUGGAACGUUAGUAAUUGGUCUCAGUGCUCACGUUCAUGUGGUGGAGUAGGUGUUCAGGCUAGACACCUUCUGUGUACCUGGUCACAUAAUGGUGAAUUAGCAGGUUCACUGUGUUAUUCCCAUCAACUUUCUAUCCCAGAUGUGAUACGAUCAUGUGAAGUCCCUCCAUGUAAAUUAGGUUGUGUUGACAUGUCUAAACACUGUUCAAAGAGGGUGGAACUAUGCAAAUUUACAAUAUAUCGUUAUCAAUGCUGUCAAUCAUGUCAGCGUCAUGUACAAAUGAUUUCGUCUACAAAAGAUUCUUCAAAGAAUAUUCAAGAUGAGAAAUUCUCUGAUAUAUUUUCUUAAUUACUGAAAUACACAAUGCAUUUAUACAAAUAGAGACAAUAGAAAAACACAAUAAUUUAUGAGGUCAUCAAUCUGCAACUAGAACUAUUUGACCUCAGGAUAAUUUUAGCGGGUAAAAUGAACAAAAUAAGAUUAUUUACGAUCCCAUUGAGUUUUUUUCAAUUCUGAUAACUUUCUUGUUCUUCUUUCUCGUCACUCUUCUACACAAAGAUAUAUAUGCUCAUUCUGUUAUCAGCAUUUAUAUAAGCAUGUAUUUGACAAAAAUUAUUCAAACGCACUAAAAACUAUAACAAACAACCGGUGCCCAGCAUCAGUCUACAUAACAUUACUUCAUGAUCGCAUACAAGUGAAUAUGUGUUAAAAUAAGAACAAAAUAUUUCAAUAAUUUGGAAGUAAAUGUUUACUUGAACUUCAGUGACUAAAUUACAUCUGAAUUCUGAACAAAAAUAAAAUAGAAUAUGAUACUAAAAAUAUACAACUAUAUCAUUUAUCAUAAGAUGUUUGUACAAAUUGUACAUACACAAAAAUAAAGCAAACAACAAACUGUAUUUAUUAUUUAAUUAAAAAAUAAUAAUUCACAAGCAUGCCAUUACAUAAGCAGAGUAAUAUAUAUAUAUAUAUAUUUUCUUUAUUAAAAAGCUUAAAAAAAGUAACCAUUAUUUUAUAAUAACCCAUAUACACUGUACAAUAAUCGGUCUAUAUGAACUACACACAGAUGUAUACAACGAAUUGAAACUAUUGCAUUACACGCUUCAUGGUACGUAUAAAUACCAGAAUAUAUUACCAAUACAAACAGUGCGAAAUCGGAAAAUAUCAGUCCUACUCUUCUCUUAAAUCAAAUCGUAUAAAGUUAUUGAGAUAAAAAUAAUGUUUUACACACUUGUUUCA